AUGUCUCCAGCAAGUCCAAAUGAAAAAAAUGAACAAGAAGUGAAUGAGGCAGGAACAUCACAAACAGCACCCCCGGAUACAGCCAAGAUCAUUCAGGCUUUCUCGACGAUUUCCACGCCAUCCUCCCCUCUUCUCCUCCCUCAAUUACAGCCAAUCGCUUUGCCCGCUCGCCGACAAACUCUUCGAAUGGAUGCAAAUCAAAUUAAGAUGAGAUUUCUGAAGAGACGAGCGCUGAAACCGUACAAUCGAACGCCAUUACCGUCGAUUUCUUGCCUGUUACCGGUUAGGGAAAACUAUACUCCACCCCAGGAAACGAUUUCCCCGCUCGGCUUGGAUGCUUGUGGUUUAGUGCCGCCAGAUGCAUGGUGUUGCGAUGAGUUCUAUGAUUGGACAGCUGUUUACGUGCCAUCUUUCUGCAAUUGGCCACAACAGAGUCAAGAACCCGGAUCUCAGCCGUAUUGGACUCAAUCUCAGCAAAUUCCCACUCAACCCACGAAUUCACAAAUCACAGCUCCAACAAGUUGCUAUCAUCAAUCAAAGAGUCCAAAUCAAUCAAUGACCCUUCAUGCAAGUGUCAAUUUUGGACAAGCUGUU